UGUCGAAUGAGAAGCUUCGUGAGCUGUUAUCAGAUGCCAGUCACAAAGAAGUACUUUCAGGAAGUAUUUGCACUUCGCAGGUUUAAAUAAGUGGCUCGAAAUUUUUAGGUAGUUCAGGGACUGCAACUAAAAGAUGGAUUGAAAGUUCUUAACAUUCCGUUACCAAAAUGUGGGAAGCUCACUGCCUCAUAUCCUACAACUGUGUAUAGGAAGGCAAAUUCAUUCCAAAUGGUCCUUUUUACUGCCACUCAAACAGUACUGCAGCUGCACAUGAUAUAAAGUUUAGUCACCACCCAUCAAGUUUCAUCAACAGCAGCUGGUGGAUCAGUAAGGGAAAGGACAUUUAGUCACUGGUCUCAGUCCAGCCACCUGAAGAAAACACCGACUAUCAGUACCAAACUGGUAAGCAUGGGAACAGUUUGCAGCUCUCAGAUUUCCAAAAUCACAAAUCUGGACGAAAUUAUAGCAGAAACAGGAUUUUCCAAGGGCCAUGUCUCCAGGCUUUAUGAUCGUUUUGCUUCUCUAGAUAAGGACGAGAAGGGAUUUCUCAGGAAUGAGGCUGUGGAUUUUAGAACUUUUGUGCGAAUCCUGGCCAUUUUUCGUCCAAUUGAAAAUGAGAAAAACAAGGACCCUAGUGCUCCAGAGUCAGUCAACAGCAGGUCAAACAAACUAAAAUUUGCAUUUCAGCUUUAUGACCAAGACAAUGAUGGAAAGAUUACAAAGAAGGAACUGCUGCAGGUCCUGCGGAUGAUGGUGGGAGUCCAGGUUACCGAAGAGCAACUGGAGAACAUCACUGAGCGGACAAUCCAAGAGGCAGAUCUGGAUGGAGACAAUGCCAUCUCUUUCAAGGAAUAUGCUAUGUCCCUGGAGAAAGUAAACAUCGAGCACAAAAUGAGCAUCCGGUUCUUGAAAUGAUUCUUUACUAGCCUGACAUUUAUGUGGAAUAGAAAUUAAAGUGAAUGCUGCCUAAACAUAAUCAACUGCCAUGACUACAGAUAUCUUGAAUGUAGACAUUUUCACCAAAUGCUAGAUUAUAGUUAUGCAAAAUAUGAAUGAUGCAUAGAAAAACUGCAGUUUACAUUUCAUCUAAGAUAUAUCAGAUUACAUUAUUCACAGCAAACAUCUAAAUGAAAUAUUUAAUUUGGUACAUUUGCAUUAUGCAGUUGUAAGCAUAUUUGUGAAAAUGUGAAAUGUACCAUAAAUUUGACACUGCUUUUCUGUACAGAAAGUUUAUAUGGUGUGAUCCUGCAGAGUAUUGUUUGAUGAUUGGAGGACUACAGCCAAUUGUUUUGUCUAACAGAAAAAAAAAACAUUUUAAACAUAUUUAAUUGUGACUAAGCCUCAUCCUAUGCCACCAUAACCAAAAUGUUACUGAUUUAAACUUUGUAGUUUUGUAAUAUGAAGGAUUUGUAAUAUGAAGGAUUAUCUUAACACCUAUUAUAUGCAAAUAAGGAUAUUUUCAGAAGUCAAUUAUUUUACUGCAUUGUGUCAAAAAUUAAAUACUUGUUAAAAAAUAACUGGUUUAAAUUCAUUGCCUAACUUUGGAAGUGCAAAGUCUAUGUUGAAGUGCUACCCAGAAUAUCCUUUGCUUUUUGAGCGAAAGAGUAAAGAGUAUAUGUUCUGAAAUAUUCAGACAGCAUAUUCUGAAAGAGUUACAGUCGCACAUAAUACAAAUUAUAUGAUGCAUGCACAAUACAUUUGUAGUAUGAUAAUUCUGACAUAUUAUAUUUAAGGAUCUCCAUAAAACAACUUUAUUCAGCUUGGUAUUAAAAGUCAUGUUUCCUAAGUCAAAGACCAGCGUUUUGGUUAUUUUCUUGCACAGGUUGUGCUAGAAUUUAGAAUGUUAUCUAUAAGUUCAUAACCAACAUUAGCCAUUUUCUAAUCCAUUUUCUGUAUUUUUGUCUUUAAGUGGGCAUAUAUUUCAAGAUUCAUGAAUGUAGUGAAAGCAAAGACUUGAAUUCCGUAUUUUAAUAAAGACUGACUUUAUUCUUC